AAUGGGACUGCCUGGUUGGUGACGGAUCCUUUACUCAGCAAUGUUCUGCAGUGUUGAGGUCCGUUUUAACCCAGUUUCAGCCAGAAUCUGCCAACUAAAAUAUGAUUAAAGCUUCAGCCUGGAAACUGGAUUUCUGAUUCCUGAAAGGAAGAAAAACUCAGGUCAUGGUUAGAAGAACCAGUGGGGGAACAGAACCUUCCAGCUGAAACUAACCUGGGAACAGGGUUCUAUAAGUGUUUGAACCUGGAGAUGCUACAUCUGCUGCUGUUCUUAAUGGGUCUGACCCAAAGAACCAAAAACCGCAUUUCAGGGUAAAAUCCUUCAAACUUGUUUCCAUUUCCAUGUUUUUGUUCAGUUAAUCAUUCAGAGAGUUCAUGUAACGUUUCCCAUCUUUAUGAAAUAUUAACGCAUCAUUCAGUGUCGCUGAGGUUAACACUUUAAACAAAAACCUGUCCAAUGAGCUGAAGGCAUCAGGAUCACCUGGUCCAUGUUACUGGGAUCCUGACUCCCCUGUGACGCUCAGCAGAACCGGCUCUGAUGUUCUGGACACUGUAAACUCUGCAGACUGUUUUCCGCGACGGCCACAAGAUUCUGUUCCUGGAGGAUCCAAUAUAGGGUUCUGGAAGCUGUUAACUGCUAAAACACACUGAGCAUGUUUUAUUUUGAAGGACUAUCUGAGUGAAGUAGCUUCUUCCUUCAUGUGUUGGUCCGGUUCUGUGAGGAAUCAGUUCCAACACGUUUUCUGUGGUUCCAAGUUAUCAUGUUUGGAGGAAACUUCCAGAAAACUGUUCCUCCCACUUCCUAAAUGAACUGGUUGGCUUUGAAUAUCAUGGUUCCUCUGGUCUGUGCCAGACAGACUAGAAGCUGCAGCGUCCAACACAGUCUCUCUGUCACUGCAGGCUGAAAACCAUCAAUGAAUGAAUGAAAUUCUGCGUUUUCCAGAGGAUUCCAGCUACUAGAACCUCCUGCAGCAGGAUUACCAUAAAGGAGGAGGAGAUCUUUAUGGUGACUUUUACUUCUGAUGAAAGUGAGCGGUGUCGUCCAGAAAUAAAUGUGGGUCGACUCUUAUCUCAGAACUCUGCGGAAGCUGAGGACCAAAAUCAGGAAGGAAACAAUGGUGGUGGUGAAGGAUCUUCUACACACAGACAGUUGGAGUCAAACAGAAUCAGAACUGAGAGUGAUCCUGGUGAUGUGGACAUCUCUCCACAUUCAGAGGACCAGUUUGGGACUCAGGCCGAGGAGAAGUCACUAAAAUGUGAUGUUUGUGGAAAUGUCUAUAAGCACAACUAUGAAAUGAAGAUCCAUCAAAGACUCCACACAGGCGAGAGGCCAUUUUCCUGUAAAAAGUUCAGGAGAAGUUCUGGCUUAUCGGUGCACAUGAGAAGCCACACGGGUCAGCGGCCGUAUUCGUGUAAGAUCUGCAGUAAAAGUUUCACCCAGCAGAACAACUUCAGCUACCACAUGAGAAGGCACACAGGUGAAAAGCCUUUCAGCUGUGGAACCUGUGGGAAAAGCUUCACUGCCAGCAGUCAGCUAACAACCAACAUGAGGUCCCACACAGGUGAGAAGCCAUAUUCUUGUGUCUUCUGUGGUAAAUGUUUCAGCCACAGUGGGACGUUCAAGUCCCACAUGAGGUCCCACACAGGUGAGAAGCCAUAUACCUGCACAAUGUGUGGAAAAAGCUUCACGCAGAGAAGUCAUCUAAGAGCCCAUAUGAAGACCCACACAGGUGAGAAGCCUUAUUCGUGUUCCACCGGUGGGAAACGCUUCACUGAGAACCACAGUUUGAUGUCUCACAUGAGGACGCACACCGGAGAGAAGCCUUAUUCCUGCAAGCUGUGCUGCUCCAGCUUUAGUCAGAGCAACCAUCUGUCCACCCACAUGAGGUCUCAUGUGGGUGAAAAGCCGUAUUCCUGCAUCAUCUGUGGAAAAUGCUUCAAUAAGAGCAGUAACUUGACGGUCCACAUGAGAAGCCAUUCAGGCGAGAAGCCGUUUGGCUGUGAAACAUGUGGGAAGUGUUUCAGCCAGAAAAGCAAUCUGAGAGUCCACAUGAGGAUUCACACAGAUGAGAACCCCUAUUCGGAGGCCGUUCCAGAAACUCACUACAUGUUGUAUAACUACUGGUUUCUGAUUCACUCCCAGAUGCUGAACAUCUGCAGAGGAGAACAUUGCACAUCCAUAGUUCCUGCACGGAGUCGCCGUCUCCUUUCCAGUAGCGGCGCGGCUCCGCUCUACUCGGUUUCGCUCUACUGGAAGGAGGAGCUUCUGACUGACCAGCAGCUCUGUAACCAGGAGAACAACUCCACUUUGGACCAAAAGGAACCAAACCAUCUCAUGAUGAUGGAAGAACUGGUGGAACCAGCACCUCUGCAGAUUAAAUCUGAAGCAGAGCAACCAGAGUCUCAGCAGAUUAAGGAGGAAGCAGAACCUCUCCAGAUUACAUCUGUACUUGGGGAACCUGAGUUCUUGCAGAUAAAGCUAGAACAGGAGGAACCAGUAAAUGUGCAGAUGAAACAGGAAGAACCAGAACCUCUGCAGAUAAAAGAGGAAGAGGGGAAACAAGAACCUCUUCUGUUUAACUUUGAACUGGAGAAACCAGAAUAUGUGUUUAUAAAGGAACAGCCCGAUAUUCCAGAACCUCUGCAGAUAAAGGAGGAGUAUGAUGUAAUUUCCAUCAGUCAGGAUGAAGAACCGUCUAUUCUGAAGCAACAGAUUGAUACUUUCACGUUAGACCUAGGUUUUACAUUAGGAGACCACAGAAACACAGACCCAAUCAGAGACCAGCAUGUCUCUCAGAGCUCUCCUGAGCAUGAGAACCCAAAUCAGUCAGGAAGCCCUAAAGAGGACUCUGGAUCGAGUGGAAUUGAAGAGUUGAAACUAAAUGAGAAAAGUCUAAAAAGCAGAGAUCUUCCCUGCGAGAAAACCAAACAGAAGCACCACAAAGACGAAAACCUGUCGUCCUGCUUGAUCUGUGGUAAAAGUUUCAGCCGCAGUUACAUGAGCGUCCACAUGAGGUUUCACGCAGGAGAGAAGCCCUUCUCAUGUCAGACCUGUGGAAAGAGCUUCAGUCUGAAAAGUCAUGUGACUCGACACAUGAGAACCCACACAGGCAGCACAGAGCGGGACAGGAAGAGACUGAACAAGCUGGUUAGGAGGGUCAGCUCUGUCCUGGGUGGCCCACUUGAUUCUGUGGAGGUGGAGGCUGAGAGGAGGAUGUUAGCCAAGCUCACAUCCAUCAUGGACAUAACCUCUGACCCGCUUCAUCGGACUGUAGAGGAGCUGAGCAGCUCCUUCAGUGGCCGACUGAGACACCAUCAGUGCAGGAAGGAGCGCUACCACAGCUCCUUGAUCCCCAUGUUUCAACCUCUGAGAGAGUUUAUCAGAGAGAAACUAACUGCUGCUGCUGAAGAAAUCUUCUCACAGGUGGAAAAAACCAUCGUCCAGUACGAGGAGGAGAUCGACCGUCAGCGCAGACUGCUGGACCUCACCUGGAGACCCCGAACCGGCCAGAACCCUGCAGUUUUCCCACAGAGCUCCAUCUGUAGUGACCAGGAGGUUCUUGAGGACCAGAAGAUGAGCUCCAGGCUAGACCAGGAGAAACCAGAACUUCCACAAAUUAAAGAAGAACAGGAGGAAUCAGAACUUCAUCUGAACAAAGAUGAAUAUGUAGAAGUGUGCAUCAGUGAGGAUGAAGAGGAGCUUGUGUUGAAGGAGGAGGCUGAUGCCUUCAUGAUGACUAGCACUGAUGAGGAAACGGAUCAUGAGGAACCAGAACCAAACCCGGUCCAACUCCAGUCUCAGAACUCUCCUGAAGCUGAGAAGCAGGAUAAGGAAGGAGGUGAUGAAGAAGAGGUGGAGGCAAAGAAGGAACAUGACGGAGACGGUGUAGGAACGUCUGCAGCUUCAGAGGCUGCGUCUGGUACUGGUCCAGAUAAAAAAUCCGUUCAAUGUGACGUCUGUGGAAAACGUUUCACUCAAAGUUACAACAUGAGGGCUCAUCGCAGGAUCCACACAGGCGAGAGGCCUUUUUCCUGUCAGAUCUGCGGCAAGAACUUCAUCAAGUACGACAACCUGCUGGUCCACAUCAGAACCCACACUGGACAGAAACCCUAUUCUUGUCAGAUCUGCAGCAAACGCUUCAGCCAGCGCAGCAACCUGACCUUCCACAUGAGGAUCCAUGCAGGCGAGAAGCCUUUCACCUGCAACAUUUGUGGAAAGAGCUUCACCUCCAGCGGCCAUCUGACCAUCCACAAGAGAAUCCACACAGGUGAGAAGCCCUACCUGUGCAACGUCUGUGGAAAAUGUUUCAGUCAGAGUGGCGGCCUGUCAGCCCACCGGCGAACCCACACGGGCGAGAGGCCGUUCACCUGCAAGGUUUGUGGCAAAGGUUUCAUCAGGAGCGAUGAGUUGUUGGUCCACAUCAGAAUCCACACGGGUGAGAAGCCUUAUACCUGCAAGAUCUGUGCCAGAAGCUUCGCUCGAAGCUGCCACCUAACGACCCACAUGAGAACGCACACAGGGGAGAAGCCAUACUCCUGCAAGAUGUGUGGAAAGAGUUUCAGCGAAAACCGCAGUUUAACCGCCCACAUCAGAACCCACACGGGCGAGCGGCCGUUUUCCUGCGACAGGUGCGACAAGGCCUUCACCGACAAGCGCAAUCUGACCGCUCACUUGAGGACGCACACAGGCGAGAAGCCGUUUUCCUGCUACGUCUGCGGGAGGAGUUUCUCCGAGAAUCGAACGCUGACGGCUCACAUGGCGACGCACACUGGGAAGCAGCCAUAUUCCUGUAACAUAUGCCAGAAAAGCUUCAGUCAGAGCGGCAGGUUGGCUGUUCACAUGAGAGAUCACAGAGAGGAGAAGCCAGAGGCCGACACAUUUCGAUUCUCCACGGAGCUGACCGAGCAGUCCAGUCAGUGCUCUGAAUAGGUUUAGGACAUAAACGGCAAACAGCGGUUCCGAUUGUUUUGUGUUUAGUAAAUUUAAUGAUAGUUUGGCUGGAAAAUCGAAGAUUUAUCCUGCUUAAACUUUCUGUGUCUUAACAGUAAAUCAGUCAUUGCACGAUUCAAUGAUUUGACUUUAAGAAACUUAAUUUCUUACAUUUGAAAUGUUAAUAUGUCAAAUCCAAAUGUACUACAACCCUACAGCUUACCCUAAUGGCAUCAUGGGUAAUGCAGUUCAGAGCUGAUUUAGGAUGAAGCUGGGACACGUUCAUAUUUCUCAUAUUUAAUCAGUACCUGUGCAGAUGUUUCAGAGUUGAUGUUUCCAGCUGUUCCGCUUUCCAGGAAAAGAAGUCUAGAAGCAGCGUCUGGUUGUGCUCAGGUCUGCAGGGAAGGUGCUGUUGCUUUGCAGCAGACUGGAAGGUUUUUGCAUCAUGUGCAGCACGGACUGUGUUGGACAUUAGAUAUUGUCGUCUCAGUGUUAGUGUUUGGCUUGAUUGUGUUGUAAUUUAUCAGCUGGAUGCAUGAUUAUUAAAUGAUGCUGAAAGGCCGUGGCUCAGUCUGGAAAUACGCUGAGAAUAUUGUUUCAAAUCUCCCGUAAACAAACCUGCAGCGCUGAUGAGGUCCUUGAAUGUUUGAUAUCCGAGCCCAGUUACCUUCAGGGAUGAAACCCAAUCAUGUCUCUAAAGCAGGGAUCUGCUGAUGUAUGUUUUUUGUGCAGAACGUCUGUAGAACCCGUGCACAGUUGGUUCGUGUAACACGGUAAUCUGAGUGUUUGUCUUUUAUGUGCUGUGUUAAAAUAAACAGAUCAUGUUCUCUGGA